GCGGCGCUCCAGGCGGAACUUUCCAGAACGCUCGGUGAAAAAGCGGAGGAGCGGCGGCUGCCCGAGCUGCGCACGGCAACGCGCUCCUUCCCGCUCCCCCACACCAGCAUCGUCCCUCUCACCGGCUGUAGGAAAUGGUGAAAGAAACCACUUAUUAUGAUGUUUUGGGGGUCAAACCCAAUGCCACCCAAGAAGAAUUGAAAAAGGCUUACAGGAAACUGGCCUUGAAGUACUACCCUGAUAAGAAUCCAAAUGAAGGAAAGAAGUUUAAACAGAUUUCUCAAGCUUAUGAAGUGCUCUCUGAUGCAAAGAAAAGGGAAUUAUAUGACAAAGGAGGAGAGCAGGCAAUUAAAGAAGGUGGAGCAGGUGGCGGUUUGGGCUCCCCCAUGGACAUCUUCAAUAUGUGUUUUGGAGGAGGAGGCAGGAUGCAGAGAGAAAGGAGAGCCAAAAAUGUUGUGCAUCAACUCACAGUAACCUUAGAAGAUUUAUAUAAUGGUGCAACAAGAAAACUAGCUCUGCAAAAGAAUGUGAUUUGUGACAAAUGUGAAGGCCGAGGUGGUAAGAAAGGAGCAGUAGAGUGCUGUCCCAAUUGCCGAGGUACUGAAAUGCAAAUAAGAAUUCAUCAGAUAGGACCUGGAAUGGUUCAGCAAAUUCAGUCUGUCUGCAUAGAGUGCCAGGACCAUGGGGAGCGGAUCAGUCCUAAAGAUAGAUGUAAAAGCUGCAAUGGAAGGAAGAUAGUUGGAGAGAAGAAAAUUCUAGAAGUUCAUAUUGACAAAGGCAUGAAAGAUGGCCAGAAGAUAACAUUCCAUGGUGAAGGAGACCAAGAACCAGGACUGGAGCCAGGAGAUAUUAUCAUCGUUUUAGAUCAGAAGGACCAUGCUGUUUUUACUCGACAAGGAGAAGACAUUUUCAUGUGUCUGGACAUACAGCUGGUUGAGGCAUUGUGUGGCUUCCAAAAGCCAAUAUCUACUCUUGACAACCGAACCAUAGUCAUCACUUCUCAUCCAGGUCAGAUUGUCAAGCAUGGAGAUAUCAAGUGUGUGCUAAAUGAAGGCAUGCCAAUUUAUCAUAGACAUGAAAAGGGUCGCCUAAUCAUUGAAUUUAAGGUAAACUUUCCUGAGAAUGGCUUUCUCUCCCCGGAUAAACUCUCUUUGCUGGAAAAACUCCUACCUGAGAGGAAGGAAGUAGAAGAGACUGAUGAAAUGGACCAGGUAGAACUAGUGGACUUCGAUCCAAAUCAGGAAAGAUGGCGCCAUUAAAAUGGAGAAGCACAUGGGGAUGGUGAACAUCAUCCUCGGGGUGGUGUUCAGUGUCAGACCUCCUAA